AUGCAAGAGCGGUUUUGUGAUCUCAAUGAUGAUUCUGAACAGAAGAAUUAUCGAUUAUCCGAAUUCGAGAUCCUGAAUGAAAGCAGCAGUUCAAUUUCUAUUAAGCGAUUCACGGCGAGGAAAAGGAGCUGUCGUUCAGCAGGAAGCAGCGUCCAGGAGCAGUUCCAGACUUCCGCGCCGUUUCUCGCUACAAGGGUGCUUUCACAAAUUGCCCACGACGAAUAUCAUGAUCAUCCUCUUGCUGCCACUGUUCUAGAUCGCGAUUUUUAUGUUGACGAUCUUGCGUCAGGGGCAGCCACCUUUCAAGAAGCCUCCGUUCUGUGCGACGAUUUAAUUCACCAGGUUAAGAAGGGCGGUUUUACACUGCGUAAAUGGGCAUCCGACGAUCCCAGAUUAACUCGUGACUUGUCAGAAAAGUCCGAGACUGACCUUAUGUCCCUUAAUUCGUCCGACACAAUUAAAACGUUAGUCCUCUAUUGGAAUUCAGGCGAGGAUAAAAUGAUCUAUAAAAUAGCAGAGAACACUGAUACUUUAAAGUCUCAAAUAACUAAGCGUGCGGUACUCGCAGAAAUUUCACGUUUAUUUGAUCCAUUACGCUUAUUAGGUCCCACAAUUAUAUUUGCGAAAAUGAUAAUCCAAGCUUUCUUGAAAUUAAAACUAACGUGGGACGAGACAAUCCCACUAGAAGCGCAGUCUGUGUGGGACGAAUUUAGAUAUCAAUUAUCUUUAUUAAAUACCCUUAAAUUUGAUAGAUGCACCGUCGCAUUAGACACAAUCGAAAUUCAAUUGCACGGGUUCGCCGAUGCAAGUGAAAACGGCUACGGGGCCUGCAUUUACCUGUGCUCGACAGACAAAUACGGCAAAUACCACGUGGCUCUCGUAGGCACUAAAUCUCGGGUCGCGCCACUGCAAACAGUGACACUUCCGCGAUUGGAAUUGUUUGCUGCCCUCUUAUUGUCUCAACUCUAUUCAGCCGUUGUACAGUCUCUGUAG